AUGUCGACGACACAUUACACACGAGUGACUGAGCGCAUCGAUGCAGUCGACGGCUCAGCAAACCCGAACGCAGAUCAAGAGACGUUGGCGCCGCAGAAGGCGACGCUCCCGUUUAGACGCCACACUCGCGUGACCCUCGACAGAGCCGACGCCAUUACGGCUGUUAUCGCACCAGACAGACACUUGGACGGACGCUGGGGCUCUAUUUGUUACCACACGCUUCGCUCGUGCGUAGAUAACGUCGAAGGACGUCAUGGAGUCUGCAAGAGUCGCUGUGCCGAGAAUUCUGGGCACACGGACGAGGGCCUCGUGACUCUUUUCUUGACAGCUGAAGGCGACAUGCGCAGUGCACGGAGCAAUCUGAAGGCUCCUGCUGGUGGGCGCCACUUUAUCAGUGACGAGAACGGGUGUCACGUGUGCGAUGAACCGCAUCGAGCGGUUGUGAAAGAUCUGGUGACUUACUGUGAGCAAGUGCGACUGAAUCGGGCAACGGCAUUUGCACUUGGACUUGUGGAGAGCGGCGACUGCUCGUCGCUGGAUAUCACGACACGAUCGUUCGAGUAUGGCGUCUCGACACAGUCGCAGAUCUUCUAUGGUUCAGUCGCGCGACUCUGUGCCGUAGCAGUGGCCGCAGCAACAACAAGCUGA